AUGACAUACAUACAGUCUCCUAGGUCCACGCCCGCCUCUUAUUCUUCUUCCCCUGGCGCCUCCCCAUCCACCUCGUACUCACCUAUUCGACAUUCUCCCUUAUCUCAACCACCUAUCUCAGCCAUAUCACGAACUCCCUCACCUACUUCUUACGUUGGUAAUGGGGUAAAGCCUAUACCCACACCUAGCCGACGUGCCUCCCAGCCGACCUCGAGGGGAUCUUUAUCACCGUUGACAUCCCUCGUAUCGCCUUCACCUAGAUAUAUGAACGGCGGAACAUCACCCACUUCUUCCUUUCACACUCCGACUCAUGAUGUUGUCCAUUCAAACGAUCAAUCCCCUUCCGCCUCUCCCUCGCCCUCUCGCCGCUUGUCCCGCUCUCAACCUCUCCUAGGCUCAUAUCACCUCUCUCUACUUCACUCACGCAUGUCCUCCGCCCAUCAGCCUCACCAACUUACCAAUGAAUUUUCGAUAAGCUUAGUAUCGAUAGGUAAAGGGAAAUCAUGUGCGGCUCAUCUUAGAUAUCCAUCUGCAGUGGAAAUACCAUUCUCAGCUGUGUAUUAUGACUUGGAAGACCCCGAAGCUAUCGGUAUGAUGCCUACUAAAUCUACGCAAAGCCAAUGUCAGAGUCCUUGGACGGGCGGAGUGGAUUUGGAGAAAUACUAUUAUGAUUCUUUCUCAAACACACGCCCACACCCAGACCCACAUUCCCAUCCGCAUUCUCAUGUAUUAGAUGCACCUACGCGAAAGAAUGAACCACCUUCAUUCCCUGGAUAUCAGGUCUCGCCAGUUGGUCAGUUGCAAAUCCUUAUCAAAUCUUCCAAUUCACCCAUCAAAGUAUUCCUUAUCCCAUACGAUCUUAGGAAAGUAUCAAUAGGUGGAAGGUUGCUAGUAAGAGAGAAGGCGUAUUGUAAAACUAGAGAUAGUAUCGGUGAGAAUGGAGGGAAAGGAGUAUUGAAAUAUGCUAUUCAACUUCAAUUCGUCUGUAUCCUUCCCGCGUCAUCCCCUGUCAAUCGAACAACACAAUCAACUUCAUUGCCUUCUACACCAUCUCAUGCUCACGAUGGGAAAUCAUACUACGUUUCGAAAAGCAUGAAAGUGGUGUUUGUGUCUACUCCUCCUGACUCAAGGGAGAUGAUGGAUGUAGAACGAACAGAUGAGAUCGUUGAACCUCCCACCACCCCCACAAGUUCAGGUAACAAGAGGAGAAGGAGUAGUCUGGCAUUCUCACCUGGAUCAUUGGGCAAGACGAGUGAGGAAUGGGAGAUGGUGAGGAUGAAAUGGUUUGCUAGGCGGGAUAUGGAAAUGGAUCGAUCUGAAGUAGAUGCUCAACUGGAUAAAGUGGACAGAGGGGAUAGUACGAGAUCGAAACGGGAUUCUGAUAUGGGUCUGGUGUUGGAAAAGCCAAGGAUGAUCAGAAAACCUUCAUUGAUAUCUACCACUUCACCAUUCUCCUCAUCUGUUUCAACAGAUGUACCUAAAUCUGCAAUUUCACCGUUACCGAUAUUAUCCCCUUCACCUAUACGUCCCACAACAUCGACAUUACACAAAUCCAGACCCUCUACUCCCACUUCGCCUAGACCCAUCUCACCCCAUCUGAAUGGUAGUGGACCACCGUUGAUCUGGAGUCCUACGGGACAAAGGCGGAUGAGGAGGGAAGAUGGGUUGGAGGAAGUGGAGUUGAGUGAGAGGUUGAGGAAGAUGGGUGUGGGAGUGAAUAAGGAAGAGUGA